CGGUUAACUACUUGUAACUGAAUGUCAAUUGAGCGGUCCAUUUAGCUUGUCACUUAAAGCUUUUCAAGCGAUAUCUCUCACAGAUCCGGGACGUUGUAUAAAAAAUGCUAAUCGUUUCGAAAUCGUGAAAAAUCACGGCUCGAGAUCGUUUGAUUUCGUUCCGUCAAUUUUCGCGGACGAUGCGAUAAAAACAACACUGACAUGAGUCAGUCAUCGAAGAAGCGUAAUUCCGAGCGGGAAUACCGAAUGGUGCGUUAAAGAUAAGAGUGUCAAUCGCUGGAGAAAUCGGUCUGGGGAGCAAUGGAAGAUGAACAACCAGCGAGAGAGACGAAUAAGAUUUGCGGUGUGUGUGGCGAUCGUGCGCUCGGUUACAAUUUCAACGCGGUUUCGUGCGAAAGUUGCAAAGCUUUCUUCCGACGAAAUGCUUUGAAAAAUAAGGAUUUCAGGUGCCCAUUUACUGAAAAUUGUAAUAUAACACCAGUCACUAGACGCUUCUGUCAAAAAUGUCGCCUAGACAAGUGCUUCAGCAUAGGCAUGAGGAAGGAAUAUAUUAUGUCUGAGGAGGACAAAGUACUGAAGAGACAAAAAAUAGAACAGAAUCGUGCAAAGAAAAGACCAACUUUGGAGAGUGCAAAACCAUCAAAAAUAAAAAAAGGUUACUUGGAUGAGUGUAACUUUGAUGACACUUCUAUGUCAGUUAAUUCAGUUGCGUCAACUGCAUCAGACACAUACUUUUGGGAGUCUGAUAGAAAAUAUACAGAUUUAGAUGCAAAUAGACAGAAUGUAACUGAAGGCUUAAGUCCUGUAACAGCUGCAAGUGUACCAAGCCCUUCUAGUCCGCCCGAAAAUGGAGCCAUAAGUGGGUCAAAAACACUAGAUAUGAUGAAAGACUCUUCCCAUAACUCAAACUCAAACUUUGAAAAUUAUGAUCAUACUUCUUCACCUUGCGGCGAAGAGAAUGAUGUUGAUGCUGAAAGGUUGAGAAUGGAUCUCAACUCUCCUUCUCAAAAUCAACAAAGGUUAGACAAAGUUAAAUCUCCAUCUCAUAAUUUAGAAAAGAGUAAGAAGUCAGUAAUAGGUUCAAGAAAAUCUGACCAAAAUAUAUCAGACCUAAAUUCUGAGUUUACUUCUACUAAUAAUGAAUCUAUGAAAUAUUCUUCUGAAUUUGAAAAUGCAUCUUGCUACAACAAGUUUGAUUGUAGCUCUGUACAGAAUUCCCAAUAUAUUGAGCACACAUCACAUUGUAGGAAAAUGAGCAUAGAUAUGAAUUCAGGAAUGCACACGAGUGUGCAAAAUUCAGAAGAAGUAGUGCUUAGUCAAAAACAGAGUAAGGAAACGUGUUCAGAAGAAGACAAUUUUAUUAGUAAUAAAUUCUCACAGGACUCCACUCUGAUCGCAAAACUUGUUAAUAAUUCAAAUUUUAUCACGAAAAUAUUUCAAAACGAAGAAUUACUUAUAAAAAUUAUGUCAGACCCUGUUGUUAUUAGCAAAUUAGAAGCAGAUCCCCAGAUUUCGCACUUUUUCAAAAAAACCGGUGUCGUCACAGAUAAAGAAGCACUAUCUGAGAAAGAAGCAAGUACUCAGUAUAAAGAUGAUGUAAAACCAAGUAACAAUAAUUCCAGUCACACGUUUAAACCAAUAUUAAAAGUUAAACAGAAACAAGUAGAAAAUCCUAUUUUGACCGAUUUAAUUACGAAUUCGAGUCAUGAGGAAUGUAUAAAGCAACGGGAUAAUAGUAGUGAUUGGAACAGAAAUCUAUCGGACGUCACAAGAGACGUACUUCAAGAUGUGCAAAGAGUACCAAUUGCUGUGAAUUCCAUUGAAUCUAUACUUUGUGAAGCGAUUAAAUUAGAAUUUUCAACAUAUUCUGCUCUCGGCGGUAUGGAGACCAGAAGGGUAUUGAACGAUGCUGAAAGAGCAAAGUUAAAUGAAUUAAUAGUAGCCAACAAAGCGUUAUUAGCUCCUUUAGAUGAGGAUAUAACGAAUUUAAUUGGAGAAGACUGUAAAUUUAAGAACAAUUUCAGCCGAUCUGACCCAGCACUAUUAGACGUUAUAAAUCUUACUGCCAUUGCUAUUAGACGCUUAAUAAAGAUGGCGAAAAAGAUAAACGCCUUCAAAAAUAUGUGUCAGGAGGACCAAAUAGCUCUUUUGAAAGGUGGUUCCACGGAAAUGAUGAUUUUAAGAUCAGCACUCAAUUACGAUGUUGAGAAAGAUAUGUGGUGGAUACCGCAUAGUCAAGAAAGUAUGUCCAAUAUAAAGGUGGAUGUGUUAAAAGAAGCAAAAGGGAAUCUCUAUACAGAGCAUUCAAGAUUUAUUAGAAGUUUCGAUCCUAGGUGGAGAGAUGAGAAUAUUAUUUUAAUUUUAAGCGCAAUUGCUUUAUUUACACCAGACAGACCGAAGGUAGUGCAUAAUGAUGUAAUUAAAUUGGAACAAAAUUCUUAUUACUAUUUGUUGAGACGUUAUCUAGAAAGUGUAUAUCCCGGAUGCGAAGCCAAAUCUAUGUUUCUAAAAUUAAUUCAGAAAAUUUCAGAUCUUCAUAGAUUAAACAAUGAAGUUGUCGGAGUAUAUCUUAAUUUAAAUCCGUCGAGCGUAGAACCACUUCUUAUAGAGAUAUUCGACCUGAAACAUUGAUCGAACGUGUUCAACAUAACGAAUAGAGAUUAAUUGUGUAACAUUUUCGAUUACUAUCCCUUUAAAUAGUAGGAGUAACGUAAAAUUGUUAUGGGUUUGCAUUAAUAGUCGCAUGUUCAUAUAAAUAAUAUAUAGCAAUAAUAUUGAAGAGAGGAACAUUAUGAAUUAUCAGAAUUUGAAUCGAUAUAUAGAUAUGUAUGUGUGUACACACACAAACACACACACAUGUUAAUGUACAUAAACUGUAAUAUUAUUAUGUAAUAUUAUAUGAAUGAUAUUAUGUAAUAUUAUAUGAAUGAUACUGUCGCCAAAAGUUUAAUCGUAUCAGAAUUUAUAUCCAUAUUAUAUCAUAGAGUAUAUUAAGAUAUCUAUGUAUGUAUACCGGUAUACAACAAUGCCCCGUUAAAAUGUUGGAUCCACAAAAUUGAUAUUAACAAAUCCGCGGAAGGUUUUGAUUCCUUUUGAUUUCUUGUGUUCAUCUCAACAAACCAAAUGUCAGAGAACAAGAUGCUUAAAUCUGAUGAAUAAUAUAAGUCAUUAAUUCGGUCGACGAAAAGUGAAAUUUAAAAAAUUGUUUACCUUGUUUCGAUGAAAAGGAUUUAAUCGAACUAGUUUGAACCAAAUAAAAUUUAAGGAAUCAGUAUUAACGGGACAUUAUUUUAAUUAAUUCCUGUUGGAUUAUUGUAAUUAUAUAAAGAAGCAUUUUGCUUGUAAAAUAUCAAUACCACUACUAACCAUUGAUACACUGAAUUUUGUGACAAGCAGAGAUUAUAGUUCGAACAAUUGUGAAAGUAUCUCGUAUCACAUCAUUCUGUCGGGAAUAAAUGUGUACAGGUAACGCGUUAGCAUAAUAAUAAUUCUUAAAAACGUUAUGUAUAUUUCAACAAACGUACCUUAAAUUGUUAAAUUUAGAGAAGAAAUUUGUUAUACUAAAGCCAAGUUCUAUACGUUCAUGUUUAACGGAUUGAAAUAUAUAAACAGAAAAAUAUUUCUCUAUGCGGAGAUCAAUUAAAAAUCACAUAAUGAUAAACAUGAAUUCAGUGCUUGGUGAAAAGAUAUGAAAAAGUCGAUCCAAGCAAAUGAACGAUCUGCAUAAUGUUCAUUCGCAUUACGAAUGCUAGUAUGUACAUAUUAAAUUGUGAUAUCGAGUCAAAAUAUAUUUUUUAGAUACUUGUUA